UUAGUUUUUGGAAAUUUCGUGGUUUCUCUUUCAUAAAAAAAAUAUUAUUUUAAAUUAAAAUAAUAUAAAACAAAAAUAAGACAUAAGUGUAUUUAAACAAAACUUGUAGUAAAAGAAUUAUUAAUUUAGUAUUAAUAAUUUAUUACAAUCUCGGGAACGAAUUAAUAAUUCUUAUUUGUUCUGUUCACUGUGUCAGUGGUGUCAGUGUUUUUAUAAAUCUUUCAAUUCAUACACUUUCGGAGAAGAAAAAAUAAUUUUAAAAUGCCUUUUAUGAAAGGUGUUGAACCUAUUAGAAGGACAAUUAAGUAUUUAAAUGCUGGCAGAUUAGUAUUGAAGGAUGAAAUACAUAUUUUUUCUAUUAAUUACAAUAAUUAUGGAAAACAUCAUAGUGGAAUAAGAAAUUUUGUCUUCUGGCAUUUAGCGCAAUUACAAUAUAAAAAUCCGAUGGUACAAAUUGUUACUUUUAAAAAUAUAACGCCAUCGCCUUUCAUAAGGUGUUUCUAUGAAAAUGGAAAGAGAAUGUUAAUUGACGUUGAUAGCAGGGAAAAAGACGAUAUAUUAGAGCAUUUAAUAAAAGUUGUUGGAAAAUCUGAAAAAACUUUAAUUAAGGAAUCGUUAACUCGCGAUAAAAAGGACAAUCCCGCAAAUUUUGGUUACGGAUGUGAAAGAAGUUGUAUGUGCGUUGUUCCCGGUCAACUUCCAUGUCCUCAAAUUUGUCCUCUUCCAAAUCAUAUGCGAGGAAAGUUUACCUUCAAUCCUGAUCUUAAACCGCGACGUUAAAAAGAAAAGAAUAGGUUUGUAAAUAAUGUAUUUUGUUAAUUUUUCUCAUCACUUUUUAUCCCUGUAAUUAAAUAAGAUACAACGAUAA